CCGGAAGUAAAAUCAACCGCAGGUCCGCAGACAGCAGGGGGAUCCUAAUGUUUUCUUUUUUUUUUUAAGUAUAUUGUCCGUUGGCUAAAUUUUAGAUAGGCUACAUUACGUUUUUAUUAUAUGUACGUACUAGGUUGGAAAGUUCAUUCGUAUUCUAUCUCUGUUAGUUUGCUUGCAAUGAAUGUGUUGAAUUAUCCAGGGCAAGAUAGCUAGUUGACUAGCUGUUAUUGCUGCUCAUAGCUAACGUACCAGCUGGUUUUGUGAUUCUAAAACUGAUCCUGCUGUAUCAAUCUCUGUUGGAUUAGGAAAGAGUCAAAGCGUCGGUAUGUUUAAAUUCAAAUAUCAAGGGAGUGUGAAAGAUCUGGCGUCUCUCGAUCCAAUGACCAGUCGCUGCUCCCGCCUCAACCACCUACUGCAGGGAAAGACAUCCAACCAUGGCCUACAGGGUGGGGUGAAUGUGACGAGGGAGGAGCUGUUGGACGCUCUGCUCCUUCUCUACCAGGAGUGCUCUUCCCCAGACCUGAUGAAGAUAGAAUAUGUGGCCAACUUUGUCAACAAGUACUCUGAGGUGGUGUCAGAGUUACAUGAGUUGCAGCCUGGGUUGCGGGACUUUGAGAAGCGCGGGGUGGUUGGACGCGGCCGCUUUGCUGAAGUACAGGUGGUCCGAGAGAGAUCCACAGGAGAUGUGUGUGCCUUGAAGGUCAUGGAGAAGGCAGGCCUGCGCUCCAAAGAAAAUGUGUUCUAUGAGGAGGAGAGGAAGAUACUGGCACUGAGCUGCAGCCCCUGGAUCCCACAGCUCCUGUAUGCCUUCCAGGACCAAGACAAUGUCUACCUGGCGAUGGAUUACCUCCCGGGUGGGGACCUGAUGGCCCUGAUGAACAGAUAUGAGGAGCAAUUUGAUGAGGCCAUGGCCCAGUUUUACCUGGCCGAACUAGUGGAGGCCAUCCAUGCUGUGCAUCAGAUGGGUUUUGUCCACAGAGAUGUCAAACCAGAGAAUGUGCUCAUUGACCGCACUGGGCACAUCAAGCUGGCAGACUUUGGUUCAGCUGCCAAGCUCACUGCUAAUAAAAAGGUGUUUACCCCCAGGGCACCUGUCGGGACGCAGGACUACCUGUCCCCUGAGGUGUUGGGGGCUAUGAACGGGGGGUCCCAGUGUAGCUACGGCCUGGAGUGUGACUGGUGGUCACUAGGGAUCAUCGCCUACGAGAUGAUCUACAUGAAGUCUCCGUUCACCGAUGGCACCGCCACCAAGACCGCCCACAAUAUCAUGAACUUCCAGCGUUUUUUGAAGUUCCCCCAGGAUCCAAAGGCCAGUAAGCACUUUGUAGACCUGGUUCAGAGUCUACUCUGUGGAGCGCAGGAGCGGCUAGGCUUUGAGGAGCUCCGUUGUCACCCCUUCUUCUCCACUGUGGACUGGAACAAGCUGAGACAAGCCCUCCCUCCCUUCGUGCCGACGCUCCGCGCCGAAGAUGAUACCUCCAAUUUUGAGGAGCCUCCGGAGAAGCCUCGGCCCCGGCGAGCGGAUGCCCAGCGAGACCCCCUGCGGCCGGGCUUCCAGGGCCAGGACCUGCCCUUUCUAGGCUGGUUCUUCAGCAGGGCGUUGACAGCGCUGGCCAAGUCUGAGUCAGUGGCUUCAGGCCUCAACUCUCCUGCCAAAACCAACUCCAUGGAGAAAAAGCUUCAUAUUAAAAGCAAAGAACUUCAAGAAACUCAAGACAAAUGUCACAAGAUGGAGCAGGAGAUCUCUAGGUUUCAGCGCAAGAUGACUGACCUGGAGUCAGUUCUGCACCAAAAGGAUGUGGAGCUCAAAGCCUCUGAGAACCAGAGGACCAUCCUGGAGCAGGACCUGGCCACCUACAUCACUGAGUGCAGUAGCUUAAAGCGCAGCCUGGAGGCAGCCCGUGUGGAGGUGUCUCAGGAGGAUGACAAGGCUCUGCAGCUGCUGCAUGACAUCAGAGAGCAAAGCAGCAAGCUGCAGGAGAUCAAGGAGCAGGAGUACCAUGCCCAGCUGGAGGAGAUGCAGGUCACCAUCCGGCAGCUGGAGGAGGACUUGUCUGCCGCCAGGCGCCGUAGUGACCUGUAUGAGUCAGAGCUCCGAGACUCCCGGAACACCAGCGAGGAGCUCAAGAGGAAGGCUGUGGACUACCAGCAGAGGAUCCAGAAGGCGAAGGAGCAGGGUAAAGCUGAGGUGGAGGAGCUCCUUUCCAAACUGGAGAAGACCAAUGCGGAACAGCAAGUGAAAAUCCUGGAACUCCAAGACAAACUCUCCAAGGCGGUGAAAGCCAGUACAGAAGCCACAGAGCUGCUGCAGAACAUCCGGCAGGCUAAAGAACGUCUGGAGCAGGAGCUUGAGCGGCUGCGCGGCAAGGCCGACCCCAGCGACUCCCUUCGACGACGUCUCAGAGAGACCGAGGAGGGCAGGAAGACCCUGGAGAACCAGGUGAAGCGUCUGGAGAUGGUGGAGCGACGAGAGAACAAGCUGAAGGAUGACAUCCAGACUAAAUCCCAGCAGAUCCAGCAGAUGGCUGAUAAGAUCCUGGAGCUGGAGGAGAACUUGAGGGAAACCCAGUCAACAGCCCAGCGGAUGGAGGCUCACCUGGUCCAGAAGGAGAGGCUCUAUGAGGACAAAAUUAAGGUUCUGGAGGCCCAGAUGAAGGUGGACCUGGCAGACAAGGAGAGCCUGGAGUCCAAACGGGCCCAGCACGAGGAAGAGGCCCGGGAGAAAUGUAAACUCCUCAGUGAACAGAAAGCGACCAUCAACGCCAUGGACUCCAAGAUGAAGAAUCUGGAGCAGCGGAUCACCGAGCUCUCUGAGGCCAACAAGUUAGCCGCUAACAGUAGCAUCUACACUCAGAAAAACAUGAAAGCCCAGGAGGAGAUGAUCUCGGAGCUGAGGCAGCAGAAGUUCUACCUAGAGUCCCAGGCGGGGAAGCUGGAGGCCCAGAACGCCAAGCUGGAGGAGCACCUUGAGAAAAUGAGUCAGCAGGAGCAAAGCAAGAGGAGCCGUCUGCUGGAGCUGGAGACCAGACUCCGAGAGAUGGGCCUGGAGCACGAAGAGCAGAAGCUGGAGAUCAAGCGCCAGGUGACGGAGUUGACGUUGUCGCUGCAGGAGCGGGAGUCCCAGAUUAGCGGGCUGCAGGCAGCACGCCACGCCCUGGAGAACCAGCUGCAGCAGGCCAAGACAGAGCUGGAGGACACCACCGCCGAGGCCGAGGAGGAGAUCACUGCCCUCAGGGCCCACAGAGAUGAAAUCCAACGCAAGUUUGACGCCCUGAGAGACAGUUGCUCAGUGAUCACAGAUCUAGAGGAGCAGCUGACCCAGCUGAGCCAGGAGAACGCCGAGCUGAACAGACAGAACUUCUACCUGUCCAAGCAGCUGGACGAGGCCACGGACGAGACGGACGACCGCCUGCAGCUGGGACAGGACGUGGACCGCCUCCGCCGCGAGGUGGCCGACCGAGAGAUGCACCUCAACAACCAGAAACAGAACAUUGAGACUCUGAAGACAACGUGCAGCAUGCUGGAGGAGCAGGUUGUGGAGCUGGAGAGUCUGAAUGAUGAGCUGCUGGAGAAGGAGAGACAGUGGGAGGCCUGGAGGGGAGCCCUGGAGGACGAGAAGAACCAGGCCGAGAGGAGGACUCGAGACAUGCAGCGCCUGAUGGACAACGAGAAGCAGAAUAGGUUGCGUGCGGACCAGCGCAGUACCGAGUCCCGCCAGGCGGUGGAGCUAGCGGUCAGGGAGCACACGGCGGAGAUCGUGGCUCUGCAGCAAGCCCUGAAAGAACAGAGACUGAAGGCCGAGAGUCUCUCUGAUACGCUGAAUGACCUGGAGAAGAAGCACGCCAUGCUGGAGAUGAACGCCCGCACCCUGCAGCAAAAACUGGAGACAGAGAGGGAGCUGAAGCAGAGGCUGAUGGACGAGCAAGGCAAGCUACAGCAGCAGAUGGACCUACAGAAGAGCCACAUCUUUCGUCUGACACAAGGCCUGCAGGAGGCUCUGGACCAGACUGACCUGCUGAAGACUGAGAGGACCGACCUGGAGUACCAGCUGGAGAACAUCCAGGCUGUUUAUUCUCAUGAGAAAGUCAAGAUGGAGGGCACCAUUUCUCAGCAGACCAAGCUGAUUGACUUCCUCCAGGCCAAAAUGGAUCAGCCCACCAAGAAAAAGAAGGGUAUCUUCGGGCGGCGGCGGGAUGAGCUGGCGCCCAAUGGGAACGGGGCUGGGGGUUCCGGGGCCCAGGCCCAGCCAGCACUGCCCAUGCAGUACAGUGACAUGAAGGUGGCCCUGGAGAAGGAAAGGACACGCUGCUCAGACCUGGAGGACGCCCUGCAGAAGAUGAGGAUAGAGCUGAGAUCACUAAGAGAAGAAGCGGCCCAUUUUAAAGCCUCAGAGCACGCCCCGGCCACGCCAGCCUCCGCCCGCCAGCAGAUCCUCAUGUCGGCCAUCGUCAAGUCCCCCGAGCGCCAGCCCAACCCCAGCAGCCUCCUGGCACCCUCUAGCUCUGCGCGAUGCAAGGAGAGCUCCACGCCCGAAGAGAAGCGAAGGGUAACUUUUGAAAAGUACGGGCGUCGCGUGAAGGAGAGGAUGCACCACAACAUCCCCCAUCGCUUCACCGUGGGACUCAACAUGAGGGCCACCAAGUGUUCUGUCUGCCUGGACACUGUGCACUUUGGACGCCAGGCCGCCACCUGCCUAGAGUGCAACACCCUCUGCCACCCCAAGUGCUCGCCCUGCCUCCCUGCCACGUGCGGCCUGCCGGCGGAGUACGCCACCCACUUCUCAGAGGCGUUGUGUCGGGAGAAGGCCAGCUCCCCUGCCCUGCAGCUCAAAGAGGCCGCUGGCCACGUUCGCCUGGAGGGAUGGAUGAAACAACCCAGGAACUCCAAGCGUGGCCAGCAGGGCUGGGAGAGGAAGUACGUGGUGCUGGAUGGGACCAAGGUGUCCAUCUACGACGCUGAACCCAGAGAAGACUCUCUGAAGCCAGAGGAGGAGUUUGAGCUGUGUCUUCCUGAUGGAGAGGUGACCAUCCACGGAGCAGUGGGAGCCUCGGAGCUCAUCAACACGGCCAAGUCGGACACCCCGUACAUCCUGAAGCUGGAGUCUCACCCACACACCACCUGUUGGCCAGGCCAGUCCCUGUACUUCAUGGCUCCCAGCUUCCCAGACAAGCAGCGCUGGGUGGCUGUCCUGGAGUCAGUCGUAGCCGGCAGCAGGGGCUCCAAGGACAAGGUGGAGGCUGACGCGACAGCUGUUCCUAAAAGACAGAAGAACCUCUCCCCACUGGUCCAGAAACUGUUGGGUAACUCUCUGCUGAAGCUGGAAGGAGACGACCGACUGGACAUUAACUGUACCCUGCCCCUCACCGACCAGAUAGUUUUGGUUGGCUCUGAGGAGGGUCUGUAUGCCCUGAACGUCAUUAAGAACAGCCUGACUCACAUCCCCGGCCUGGCCUCCGUCUUCCAGAUCCAGAUUAUCAAGGAGCACGACAAGCUGCUCAUAAUUACUGGGGAGGAGCGGGCCCUGUGUCUGGUGGAGAUCAAGAAGGUGAAGCAGUCUCUGUCUCAGUCCCAUCUCCCAGCCCAGCCAGAUCUCAGCCCAUACAUCUUUGAGACCGUCAAGGGAUGCCACCUCUUCUCCUCUGGCAAGAUUGAGAAUGGCACGUGUAUCUGUGCCGCCAUGCCCAACAAGAUCACCAUCCUGCGCUACAACGACAGCCUCAAUAAGUUCUGCAUCAGGAAAGAGAUUGAGACGUCAGAGCCCUGCAGCUGUAUCCAUUUCACAGGCUACAGCAUCAUCAUCGGCACCAACAAGUUCUACGAGAUGGAGAUGAAGCAGUUCGUGCUGGAAGAGUUCCUGGAUAAGAACGAUGUGACGUUGGCCUCGGCCAUCUUUGCGGCCUCCUCCCACAGUUUCCCCAUCUCCAUCAUCCAGGUCACCCAGGCACCGCAGAAAGACGAGUACCUGCUCUGCUUCCACGAGUUCGGGGUGUUUGUGGACGCAUACGGCCGCAGGAGUCGAAGUGAGGACAUCAAAUGGAGCCGUCUGCCUCUCUCGUUUGCCUACAGAGAACCCUACCUGUUUGUGACCUACUUCAACUCGUUGGAUGUGAUCGAGGUCCAGGGCCACUCUGCUCUAGGGGCCCACUCGUACGCUCACCUGGACAUCCCCAACCCACGCUACCUGGGCCCAGCCAUCUCCUCCGGAGCCAUUUACCUGGCAUCGUCCUACCAGAACAAGCUCCGGGUCAUCUGCUGUAAGGGCAACCUGGGACAGGAGGGGGAGCUGCAGAGGAAUGGCUCUGGACGCAGCCCCAACAAGCGUGGGCCGCCUUCCUACAAUGAGCACAUCACCAAACGCCUGGCAGCCAGCCCCGCGUUGCACAGUGACCCAGGCACGCCGCGCCGCUACCGCGAGGCCCGCACCGAGUUCCGCCGCGAUAAGUCGCCUGGCCGCCCACCGCACUCAGUGGAGAGGGAGAAGUCUCCCAGUGGCAGGAUGAUGAUGGAUCCCCGUCUGGCCAGGUCUCCAGGAAGGGCCAUGGGGGGGGACCUACGCCUCGACCGCUCUCCAGGGAAGUUGAUGGACCGGGACGUGAGGAGGGAGAGGUCACCCGGCCGGGGGUUCGAGGAGCAGCAGCCUGGAGUUCGCCAGAGACUCCACACCAGCUCCGGUCGCACUCCCCUCACCACGGUCAACAAGGUGUGGGAUCAGUCAUCUGUUUGAGUGACAGCAGCGCUACAUCAGUUAGAAGAGUGACAUCCCCAGCACAGCACAUCACUCAGUUCUUACCAGGGUUUGGGAAGAGGAGCGGGGUCAGAAUACUGCAUCACCUAGAGAGCCCAAUAGGAAAAGCAGCUAAAGUGUUGAUGACCUACUGUCAAAGCUGAAUGUCAUGUGUAUGGGUUUUUACUAGAAUAAAUAAUUAAAAAAAAUAAUAAUGUUGAUAUACAUUAACAAAUAAAAAAAAGUAUCCAUCAUUUAAAGUCAGCAAGGACCAAAACAUAACAUUUGUCACAAACACUGACAAAAACGCUUGGAAUAUCUGCAAAAUUACAUCCUGGAAAUAGCACUUACAGAUGAGGCUUCAGAGUUUAGAAACACAACGAAAUGUUCUUCUGGAUUUGCUCUCACCCUGUGCAUAUCAGCUAGAUCAGUGGUGGGCAUCUCCUAGGGAUGCAGUGUGUGCAGACUUUUGUUACAGCCCAGCACUAACACACCUCAUUCAAAUAAUCAACUAAUCCUAGUCUUUGAUUUACAUCAAGUGUAAUUAGGUGUGUGUGUUAGAGAUGAUAUGGAAUAAAGUCUACACACACACAGCGGCCCUCUAGUAUUGGUCCAUCCCUGAGCUAGAUGACUACAGCUGACACACUAAAACUGCGCUACCCACAAUCCCCAGCACCAGCUGGCUCUCGGGCCUUUAUAAAUCAUCACGAUGCUAUUUGACACUGUAAAUAGGCAGACUUAGGUUUAGUCCGAAAUUGCACCCUACUCCAUAUAUAGUGCACUGCUUUUUUCAAAAGUAGUACACUUUAAAGAUUAGGGUGCCAUUUCAGACUGAGCCUGACUUUUUAUAGAUACUGAAAGGGAACCUCAAGGCUGGAAAAGCCACGUCUAUUUUUGUUAAAGAGAAAAGUGAUUGUUGUGUGUCCUCUUGAAUGUCAAAUGAAUAAUAUUCUUUUAAAAACGUCCUUUAUCGAGUGAGCAUUUUGCCCUGGUCCCAUCUUGUGUAAUGCACUUCCACACGCAAAAGCAAACUUACAUGCGGCUUGAGAAAUCAUGAAGCUUACAACCCACUACUACCCAUACUUGAAUAUUUCUUUUUUUACCCCAAUCUCCCCUUACCUUGUGUAUACAUACCCUCGAAAUUGUUGUUUAUGAUCGAUCGGUGCAUAAAAUAAUGUUCUUUGAUUAACUGAUUCUUAAGGCAUGGAUGUACUUAAAUGAGAAUGGAAAAGACAUAUCCUAUGAUCUUCAACUUCAUUUCAGUGAACUACAUGCGAUUCGACACUGGAGCAUGAGCGAUUAAAGAAAGAAAAAUACAUGUUUUAGUUAGCCUUCAAUUUCCAUUUUCUUUCAAAUCCUCCUGAGCUAUUAUGAGCGACAUUUUCCUACUGCUAAACACCUCUCAUGCAGCAAGAACAAAUAUAGUAUUUUCAGUCACAUAAGCCUACUCUUUAUACUUUAAUAUAUCUACUUACUUUUGAUUUACUUAUUCUUGAAAUUUAAAAAAAGAAAGAUCUGUCAUUUUUUUAAUGUAUUUAUAUUCAACCAAAUUCAGUGUAGCACUGAAAGGUCACAUAGCAAAUGCUUUUGGAACAGAUUUUGGCCUACAUGUGCAAUAAGAAAGCUUUUGCUCACAUCCUCUACACACAGAAGCAGACAUUUUUCAUUUUACUCAGCAUCAGGGUGGGAGUGAACAGGGUUGUAAAUCGAUUUUAAUUUCACGCUUGCUUAUCAAUUUACCAUCUGCUAUGUAAGUCCAGCCUUCUACUGUUUCAGAUUUCAGAAACUUUUGCUGGAGCAAAAUACCAGUGAUGCACAGAUAUUUUGAGGAUUCGGUUUAGACGAGGAACAUGUCGCCCUGUGCUCGAUAUGAAGAUAUUGAUGUCUUUCAAAUGCUAACAAAAGAUGUACUAGCUUUCCCUGUAGAGUUUUGUCACACAAUAUUAAACAUAACCACUGUCUUUAA